UUCAUUUGCUGAAAAAAGGAAGGGCUGGAAUUCAAGUGAAAAAUAUCAAAAUGAAAGUGCUUUAAUUGUAUUUAAUUAAUAACUUCAUCAUGGGGAUUUACUACAAUGUUGUGUUUUUUGGUCUGAUAUUUGUUCAACUUCAGGUUACAUUGGCACAAACUGAGUGUGACAACUGUGGUUGCUGCGCUUCCGGACAAGAGAUCAAAUGCAGUAAAAACAGUUCGUACUGCAUGAAUGGGUGCCUACAUGGAUAUUGGGGUGACACGUGUCAUGAAAAAUGUGGAUAUAACUGUGCAGAUUGUCACAGGUGGAGUGGUCAAUGCAAUUCCUGCAUAAAUGGAUAUUGGGGAGUAGUUUGCAACAGGGAAUGUGGACAUCAGUGUAAAACAUGUAACAUAUGGACUGGCUGUACAGCGUGUGACAUGGGUUAUUACGGCACCAAAUGCGAGAACUACUGUGGAUCCUUUUGUAUAAGUUGUAAUAGGACCAGUGGAUGUACCGCAUGCGAAACGGGGUAUUAUGGACCCACAUGCAAUUAUCAAUGUGGUGCAACUUGUGAUCAUUGUGAUAACCAAAAUGGAUGUACUAGUUGUAUACCUGGAUACUAUUUAUAUAACGGAGUAUGUCAGCAAUGUUUUCACGAAAACAAUGACUGCACAUGUACUACCUACAACAACUGCACUGGUUGUAUUGAUGGUUAUUUCCUAAAUCAGGGAGUGUGUUCACACUGCCCUUUUUAUUGCAAAUCUUGCAUCAGUUCUACAAACUGCACUUCUUGUACGGACGGUCGAUUUGGAAAUGUAUGUCAGUAUCAGUGUACAGAACACUGUGUUCAUGGUCAGUGUAAUACAUCAACAGCUUCAUGCCAGUGUAAUGGAUAUUUUAUCGGAGAGAUGUGUGACCAAUGUGUCGCGGGAUACUUUGGUAACGACUGUACACAGAGAUGUUCCUCGGGAUGCUCUGAUACAUGUGCACAAACUGAUGGAUCUUGCACAUGCAAAUUCAGGUGGACAGGUGGUAAAUGUGACACAUGUGCCAAUAAAUACUCCGGAAAAAAUUGCAAUGAAACAUGUAAUAGUAACUGUGAGGAAUGCACUGGGAAAUAUGAGUGUCAGCUUUGCUUACCUGGACGUUAUGGUUAUUACUGCCAAUUCAGUUGUGGGAAAGGCUGCAGAAAUGACAGAUGUAGUAUAAAAUCAGGAUAUUGCGAAUGCAAAGGUAAAUACUUUGUUGCAUCAUCAUCAUCAUCAUCAGGAUAUUGUCACGAUUGUGUUCUGGGCAGGUACGGUCAGACGUGUGAGAAAAUCUGUCCUCAAACGUGUCAUACAUGCGAACAAGAGCUGAAAUGUUCUUCAUGCCAUGUCGGAUACUUUGGGCUAUCCUGUGACAAAUCUUGUCCAUAUGGAUGCGAGGAGAAUAAUUGCAAGCAAGGGGACGGAUCUUGUUUAUCAUGCAAACUUGGGUAUUUCGGAGAACACUGCAACAACACGUGUCAGGAGUCCUGCCGAUCAUGUGAUAAAUACGGUCUAUGUUCCGAAUGUAAACCUACAUUUUUUCCCAACAAUACCGGACAAUGUGAAACUUGCAAUUCAAAAUGCGUCGGCAAUAACUGUGAUUCCUCUUCGGGAAGAUGCAUUCAAGGAUGCUAUGAUGGAUACUGGAACAGAACCUGUGACACAGAGUGUGAUGCCACAUGCUUCUCAUGCAAACAAACAAAUGGAUCGUGUUCACUAUGCAAGAACAAUACAAGAUAUGGACGUGACUGUAGACAGGAAUGCAGCAAUACAUGUAAAUCGUCAGUGUGCGAUGUAAAUGGAAGUUGUAUAAAUGGAUGCAUUGUAAAUACAUUCGGCAUGCAAUGUGAAAAAAGGUGUGAUGAAAAUUGUAUACAAAAAGACAACCAAACAAUUUGUUCUGAAAAGACGGGAAUGUGUUUAUACGGCUGCCGAACUGGAUACACGGGAAAAGUUUGUCCACAAGUUGAGAGGCCGACAACAUUGUCAGCAGCACUUGGAGGGGGACUCGGUGGUGGCAUUCUUGGACUUUUAGUCAUAGCAAUGUUUGUAAUGUGGUUGUUUCGUAAAAGGCGAAGGUCAAACACGGAACACUAUGAUUUACUUCAUGAUGUCCGAAUAGAAUAUGACACAGUGGAUACUAAUCUUUAUGAGAUUGAACUCAACGAUCUUCAGUAUAAGACUCUUCAAGAAAGAGAUGAUCACAGGAUGAAUGAAACAACUGACUAUUCAAAAGUCUCUGAAAGGGAAAAUGGCAACAUGACAAACGAAAAUGUUAGUGGCGGACCAUUGUCAUAGAUAGAUUUGAUAGAACUUACAUGGACGUACAUCAUUUUCAAUAGAGAUGCCAGCAAUUGUGAUGAGAAGAAAGUAAAAAGGUUGCAAGGAAAAUCGAGUUUUACCCAGAAACGACAUCAUUUUUCAUAAAUAGUAUACACAUAUCAAUAGUAGUAUUCACAUUUUAAUGUACGUUUGUUAAAUGUUGUAACCAUCAGAAAUUAUACAUGUAUACAAGACAACAGCAUCAAAUCGUAAGCAAGCGUAUAAUUUCCAUGUUGAUUGUAAGAGUCAUUUUCAUAUCCAAAAAACUUUCCGAUAUGUGUUUUUAGGGUUAGUCUUUUACCAAAAUGUGAAGUGUUUUCCUAUUGUGGGAUUGAUACCUUCAGGGUUGUCUUUAAAACAUUAUACUCGAGCAUCCGCAUGUUUACGAGGGAUGAGCCAGCAGUGUAUGUUGAAUAAACAUAGCUAGUGUACAGUGCUAUGUAAAACUUGGCGCCGAAAAUACAAAGAAAAUUACCAAGUAUAUACAGAGAAUGUUUUAUUUACUCUUUCAUUAAUUAAAAUCAGAUAUAAUCAAUAAGUGAUAAAAUUCGCUAUCUGAUAGAAUACAAAUAACUCACAGCUCAUUGUGAAAUUUACAUGGAUUUACAUUGCAGUUAGACAAACAGUCUAAAAUUUACUUAAAAUGUCUUCUUGAUUGUCGUUUUGUUUCGAUUUAUAUUGUUCAAUUAGUUCAAUUUGAGUAGAUAUAUCAGGUAGGCACUUUAAACAUCACGAUAUAAUCACUUGUUCACCUUUGUGUUUCUGUCUUUGUGUUGUAUCUUUAUCUCGACGUAUAUCGUUUCAUUUAAAUGAUUCAUUUGUUCUUGUCAUAAACAGGAAUAACAAAUGUUUGUGUAAGAAGAAAAUGUACCGCUAGAUUUAAAGUUGUUAGUUUUAAGAUAGUUGUAAAAAUGAUAUUUAAUUUUGAAUUUUUAAAUGAAUCUAGCCGGAACAGUAUACUGCACUACGCCUUUUCGAGCUAUUCAAUUUAUAUGCGACCGCAAAGUGUGAAAUAUUUAUUUUUCAAGGUUGCAGUUUUAAUUGUAUAUGCAAUGAAGGAAUUUGUUGUUGUUGUACAACAUUGUUAAGAACAGCGUUCAAUUAAUAGCAAAUAUAUAUUGAAAUAUCGAUAUUGAUCCGCACGCAAAUUUAUAAAAAGCCUAGGGGUUAAAUUGUACAAUCUAUCACAUAAAUAUUCAAUUUCUGACAAGGCGUCACUAACGGGACAAACACAUUGCCCUUAUUCAUGCGAUGUGAUUUAAACAGUAGUAACAAAUAUUAUGUUUUCUAUCAUUAGAAACGUCAUAGACUUUUCGCAUAAUCUUAAGAAAAAUGUCUGCACCG